UCGCUUACGUUUUAGUGACGCCUGAAGUUUGUAUUCAAUGGAAGGGGAAGCGGAUCCUACCGGGAAGAGAAGAAACGGUACUCUGCGGUUAAUGUUGGGCGGUGCACGGAAAUAAUCCCCCCCGGAGCGUAAUUUAAUCUGGCUGCCCGGAUUUCUGGUAUCACUUCCCGAGGCGGACAGAAGGCUGUGCCCCUGUUACCUACCUGUCACUGAGGGUGCAGCCAUGGAUCAGGACUAUUAUCUGGAGCUGAGUGACAGACCUGUGCUGUUUGAGAAGGCCACCAAUGUCAACAGCGUGUUCUUCGAUGAGGCUAAUAAACAGGUAUUUGCUGUGCGUUCUGGAGGAGCCACUGGCGUUGUUGUCAAAGGACCAGAAGACAGAAGUCCAAUCUCUUUUCGAAUGGAGGACAAAGGAGAAGUCAAAUGCAUAAAGUUUUCCUUAGGGAACAGAAUACUGGCCGUGCAGAGGACGUUGAGAACUGUGGAUUUCAUCAAUUUAAUUCAAGAUUACUCACAGUUAGAAUAUUCCCAAGAAUGCAAGACCAGAAACUCACGGAUUAUGGGAUUCUGCUGGACCAGUUCUAGUGAGAUAGUCUUUAUAACUGAUCAGGGAAUUGAAUUUUACCAGGUUUUGCCUGAGAAGCGGUCGUUGAAGCUGUUGAAGAGUCAGAGUAUUAAUGUAAACUGGUACAUGUAUUGUCCGGAGAGCAGCGUCAUCCUGCUGUCCACUGCCAACCACUGCAAUGUGCUCCAGCCUUUCCAUUUCAAGGGUCCAACCAUGUCUAAGAUGACAAAAUUUGAGAUUGAAUUGCCAAUGCCCACAGCCAAGACAAUAAAAAUUUCUGAAAGAGACAUAGCCAUGGCAACAAUAUACAGCCAGCUUUAUGUCAUGUUUCUGAGACAUCAUGCGAAGGCUUCUAGCAGUGCUGGAGCAGAGGUGGUUCUGUUUCAUUUACCGCGGGAAGGUUCUCCUAAGAAGAUGCACAUCUUGAAACUCAACCGGACAGGGAAGUUUGCACUCAAUGUUGUAGAUAACUUGGUGGUUGUUCAUCACCAGGACACAGAGACAUCGGUUAUAUAUGAUAUCCGGUUACGGGGAGAGAGUGAUGGUAAUGUUAUGUUGCACCAGCCUGUGCUCCCGCCUCGAUCCAUACAUCCUUACCAGAUCCCUCUAACAGUCCCCUCGACUGUGCCAGGACAACCCCCUACUCCAUGCAAACUCUAUUCCUCUUCUUGGAUUGUCUUUCAGCCUGAUAUUAUAAUUAGCGCCAGCGAAGGAUACCUCUGGUAUCUACGGAUAAAACUUCAGCCCAUAGUCCGCCUGCUUCUCGACAAAGGACGGCUAAUGGAUUUUCUUCUUCAGCGAAAAGAUUGCAAAGCUGUUAUCCUCUCUGUGUGUUCUCAAAUGUUGACGGGACCGGAUAGGUCGCCAUUACCAGUUAUUGCUACAGUGUUUGACAAACUCAACAGUGAAUAUAAAAAAUACCUGGAUGCGGAGCACAGCUACACAUUGGCAGUUGAGACGAGCCAGGGUCGAAGCAAUGCUCUCCUGAAAAGACCAGUGCGAGGCCAGGCUGUCGUAGACCAGUCGGACAUGUACACCCAUGUUUUGUCUGUCUUCACGGACUUGAAGGAAGCCCCUCACAAGUUCAUAACUGCUGUUCUGAUGGAAUACAUCCGCUCCCUCAACCAGUUCCAGAUACCAGUGCAGCAUUACCUGUAUGAGCUGGUGAUCAAAACCCUUGUGCAGCAUAACCUCUUCUACAUGCUGCAUCAGUUCCUCCAGUACCACGUCCUCAGCGACUCCAAACCUCUGGCUUGUCUUCUGUUGUCUUUGGAGAGUGUGUAUCCACCAGCUCAUCAACUUUCUCUUGACAUGUUAAAGAGACUUUCCACAGCUAAUGAUGAGAUCAUAGAGGUCCUUUUGUCCAAACAUCAAGUUCUGGCUGCCUUGAGGUUUGUGAGGAGCAUUGGAGGGCAGGACAAUGUGUCUGCCCGCAAGUUUCUGGAUGCUGCAAAGCAGACCAGCGAUGAUAUGCUUUUUUACACAGUAUUCCGCUUCUUUGAACAAAGAAACCAGCGUCUGCGAGGAAAUCCUAAUUUCACCCCAGGUGAGCAUUGUGAAGACCACGUGACUUCAUUCAAACAGCUGUUUGGUGAUCAGGCAUUGCUUAAACUUCCCACCUGCUGACGUAUCUCCCAUCCAGUGCUGUAGAAAGUUCUAUUUAUUAUAACAAAUAAAGUCCAUGCAGCUUCUGCUACCUAUUAGAAAAA